CCCGCCGCGUCCGGAUCGCUCCGGCUGAGCGGGGCCGCCGGCCGCAACACCCUGGGAGGCCAGGGCCGGGGAGCGGGCAGAGUCCGCGCCCAGUGCCCGGGACGAGGAAGAUUCUCACCCUUGCCGCCGCCGCCCGCGCCUGUCCGGGUAGGUGAAGACCAGGCUAUUAGCAAAAGAUGGUGGAUCGCUUGGCAAACAGUGAAGCAAAUACUAGACGCAUAAGUAUAGUGGAAAACUGUUUUGGAGCUGCUGGUCAACCCUUAACUAUACCUGGACGGGUUCUUAUUGGAGAAGGAGUGUUGACAAAGUUGUGCAGAAAAAAGCCCAAAGCAAGGCAGUUUUUCUUAUUCAAUGAUAUUCUUGUAUAUGGCAAUAUUGUCAUCCAGAAGAAAAAAUAUAACAAACAACAUAUUAUUCCCCUGGAAAAUGUCACUAUUGAUUCCAUCAAAGACGAGGGAGACUUAAGGAAUGGAUGGCUUAUCAAGACACCAACUAAAUCAUUUGCAGUUUAUGCUGCCACUGCCACUGAGAAAUCAGAAUGGAUGAAUCAUAUAAAUAAAUGUGUUACUGAUUUACUUUCGAAAAGUGGGAAGACACCCAGUAACGAACAUGCUGCUGUCUGGGUUCCUGACUCUGAGGCAACUGUGUGUAUGCGUUGUCAGAAAGCAAAAUUCACACCGGUUAAUCGUCGUCACCAUUGCCGCAAAUGUGGUUUUGUUGUUUGUGGGCCCUGCUCUGAAAAGAGAUUUCUUCUUCCCAGCCAGUCCUCCAAGCCUGUGCGGAUCUGUGACUUCUGCUAUGACCUGCUUUCUACCGGGGACAUGGCUAGGUGCCAGCCAACCAGAUCGGACUCUUACGGUCAAUCAUUGAAGUCUCCUUUAAAUGAUGUAUCUGAUGAUGAUGACGAUGAUGAUAGCAGUGACUAAGGACACAUUUUGAAAUAUUUAAUUUGGUGUGACUGUGUGAGAAAUCAGCUUUGGAGGAAAUGUAAAAUUCUGAGUGCUUUCUCAAUUUUGCUGUAGCCGUGAAUAUGCCUGAGAAACUUUUGACCUAGGUGCCUCAAUAUGUUCUUUAGAAAGUAGGGCCCCCCACUCCCCACUCUUCUACAGGGAUAGACUAUUGCCAAUACAUCAGAUGAGUUUUUGGCUUCUUGUUUAUUUCUAGAUUACUUUCUUGGAAGGUUGGGAUAUGAUUGUUAUUUAACAGAUCAUGUACUACAUUAUUAUUUUUAUUUCAGUCAUGUAGAAAAACUAAAAGCAAAGAGUAAUGAAGAAAGGAGUAUAAUGUGGUUAAUUAACAAUAAUAUUAGCUUUUUUCUAACCAUCCUAAUGGUUAAGACGCCAGUAACAAAAAUACAUGAUUUGGUAAUACUUUUUCUUAUACUGAAUGGUGCCUUAUAAUAGUAGCACUGUUACAUGAAUUAAUCCUCUAUCUUCUGACUUUUUAGUUUGUUUAAAAAUAUACUGGUGCUCUUUGAGAUAAUUAAAAUGAGUGCUUGUGAACAGGUGUAAUUAGGAAACACUUCUCAUCUGGACAGCUACAAAUAACUAAAUGUACAGGUUAUCUUCAUUCUAUAUAAAUAAAUAUUUUUUUCAUAGAAUAAUUAUGAUUAUAUUUUUACAUUUUAUAGGUACCAAAUUAUAAUUGUCAAAUAUAUGUUUUAAAUUAAUGAUAGGUUGUAAUUUUUAGGAAUUUGAUUUGAAAUCAUCAAAUAAUACUGAAUUGUCAUAUUGCUUUAGUUUCCACUUUUAGUAAGACAUUUUUAGAUACAAAUUCAUCCACUUUAACAUUAUUUCUAGAACGAAAAGUCUUUGUGUAAAACCGUUGAAAAUAAACAAUCUCUUUAAAAAAACAAUCUCACAAUAGAGCACAAGAUAG